GACUACGCUACACCACACCACACCACACCACACCACGUCUGUAGGAGAUACCAGACGCACACAAUGCAGUCCGCCGCGAGUAAGCGCAUGCUGAGCUCGCUCGCAUCGAAGCUGCAUCCCCAAUUGCCACUCUCACCCCGCGAGAGCCAGCAGCUCCUCAACUUACUCACUACCUCGUUCCGCGCCCACCUCGACCGGGAACACCCCUUGCCUGACAGCAGGCGUGCGCAGAAGUCUGCUAGCACUGGCAGCAAUGCCCAAAGAAGCCCCUCGCCGACUCGUGUCCCAUCAUCUUACGCCUCGGCUACACAGCACAUCGACUCGAUCUUGACCAACCCGUUGUUUGCUGUAAAACCACAAAGGAGAGCAUCGGAGCCUGGUGCCGUGGAUGUGCUCCGGAGAUCCUGUGGCCUGGUUUGUGAACCAAAUCGCAACAGGCGCUGCUACCCUUCCGCGAGCGGCCAUGUGCUUAGAACUGCUGGAUGGGGCUUCAGAGACACCUCCACGUCUUCACAAUGGAAAGACUACAGCAUUCGUACUCGCCGAGUGGCUACGUACCAGUGGUGCAGACCUUUCGAGGGAAUUUGUUGACUUGCACAACACCAAGCAAGGCUUCGGGAACAAGUCGAUGGACAAACUAGUGGCACUGAUGUUCGCUGAUGGAGAGAAGGCCGCUCCGUGGCGAUGGUUCAUACGAUCUCAGGAGCAGCGUACCAAAGAGACGAAGCUUGACGCCAAGAUUGUUUCCAAGUUCAGACAGCAGUUGCUAUGGAAAAUGGUACAUACGCAAGCGAAUCGAAGCCUCGACAAGGGCCUCGCGGUCUUUAUGCAGGCAUUCCGCAUGGCGCAAAUUGAAGGCAUCGAGGCAGCCUACGUCGUUCUCCGGCCUGCUGGAGCUCAUCUCGUGAACCGCAUCAUGUCUACACCAGAGCACACAAUUGAACGCGAGCUCUAUCAAUCGUUCCUUGUCUCGUCGCGUCAAUGGCUUGGCAGCUGGAGUGAGGCAGUCGAGUCGAUGCUGUGGCUGCAUCACCCUACACAACGGAGUGCAACACCUGGCCUUGAAUUCCUCCGGAACUCCGCAGGUGCCAUUACCCACGUUCAAAGUGCGCAGAGUCGACGGCACUUUCUGGUUCAGCUAUGUCUUGGAGUCGCUCGUCAAUUGCUGGAAGAAGAAAGAUAUGUCGAAGCGCAAAUUGCAAUGCAGUUCUCCAAGGAACAUUUUGCGGACCUCGUUCUUCCCAGGGCCCCUGUAACUGCUCCAGCUCCAGCUCCUCAGCCAGCAGCGCGACACAAACAGCGUCGGGAGAGGGACAAUUUGGAACUGCUUGAUCAGCUAGCCUUUGGACUUGAGACUGUUUUCAACAACACGCACUCAAUCCUAACGAGCAAUAACCCCGACUCAAUUGCCUUCCCGGCCUCGGACGCUGCUUCGAUGAUCACGGAGUAAGCGGGUCCAUGCGGCUCAUGACUGGACAACGAACUGCUUUAAUGGGAGUCUCACUGUGGUGAAGUGUAAAAAGAGCGACGAUCGACGGGUCAAUCUGCAUGCAUCUGUAGGAUAUAGCCGUAGCGGCACUUCAACGCUGCACGCCGAUGUAUCUAGCAAAGCAGGACCCAUUCCACACUGUCAACGCGAUGUCAGUACCGAGGGAAAGCGGGGACCCCACAUUGCACGUGAACGAGCCGUUGUGCAGACAGCUCUACUUAGUCAUGUUUUAGAAAGUGAAAAGACUUUCCAGAGUAAUUCGCAGCUUCAUGUAGAGAUUUUGAUCUCUAUCUUAGACUGUCGUCGCAGUCUGGCUGCAUUAGUCAUGUACCACUUCUUCUGCGAGUUGAGAGUGUGGACCAUGAAAAGCGGGCACGGUUCCGAAGAGUACCUGAGAGAUAUCUCGAUGAAUUCAAUAUAUACACAAGUCUA